CAAUGACCUAACCUAACCAUAACAAAACCUAUCCUUUUCAUCUUUUUAUAGUUUAUGUAGCGUGUCAAAGACAAAACAUCCUAAUGUCAAGUAUCUUCCAAAAAAGUAAUUCAGCAUUUAAUAAUAAAAAGUUUUAAAUUGUGAAUAAAUAAAUUUAAAUAUUAAGUUCAGUUUUACACUGAAACCCGAAUGUGUCAUUACAGUGCGUUAAUAAUAUUUGGAUAACGACUGUAUAUAUUUAAUUUUUCAUUUCCUUUGCGUGGAAAUAAGUGAGAGCAAAAUGGUUCUCGCAGAUUUAGGUCGAAAAAUAACAUCUGCAUUACGGUCACUUAGUAAUGCGACCGUAAUUAAUGAAGAGGUUUUAAAUUCUAUGCUAAAAGAAAUAUGUGCGGCAUUACUUGAAGCAGAUGUUAAUAUUAGGCUUGUGAAAAAGCUAAGGGAAAAUGUACGUCUUGUUAUUGAUUUUGAUGAUAUGGCUGGAGGACUUAAUAAAAGGAGGAUGAUACAAAGCGCUGUCUUCAAAGAGCUUGUAAAGUUGAUAGAUCCUGGAGUAAAAGCUUAUCAACCAAUAAAAGGACGUUCCAAUGUAAUUAUGUUUGUUGGUUUGCAAGGUUCAGGAAAAACAACUACCUGUACUAAACUUGCUUACCACUAUUUAAAAAAAAAUUGGAAGGCUUGUUUAGUUUGUGCUGAUACUUUCCGUGCAGGAGCAUACGAUCAGAUCAAACAGAAUGCAACAAAAGCACGAAUUCCAUUUUAUGGAAGCUAUACAGAGGUAGAUCCAGUAGCAAUAGCACAGGAUGGUGUAGAAAUGUUUAAAAAAGAAGGUUAUGAAAUAAUUAUUGUUGAUACCAGUGGUCGGCACAAGCAAGAGGAAUCUCUGUUUGAAGAAAUGCUUCAAGUUGCUAAUGCCAUUCAACCAGACAAUAUAAUUUUCGUAAUGGAUGCAACAAUAGGACAAGCUUGUGAAGCUCAAGCAAAAGCUUUUAAAGAACGCGUUAAUGUUGGUUCUAUUAUUAUUACAAAGCUUGAUGGACAUGCGAAAGGUGGUGGUGCCCUCUCGGCGGUUGCUGCGACACAAAGUCCAGUAAUCUUUGUGGGUACAGGAGAGCACAUAGAUGACUUAGAACCGUUCAAAACGAAACCUUUUAUUAGUAAAUUAUUGGGUAUGGGUGACAUAGAAGGUCUUAUAGAUAAGGUAAACGAAUUAAAUCUCGAUGAUAAUGAAGAACUGUUAGAGAAAAUCAAACACGGACAGUUUACUUUGCGAGAUAUGUAUGAGCAGUUCCAAAACAUUAUGAAAAUGGGGCCAUUUUCUCAAAUCAUGGGAAUGAUUCCUGGUUUUAGCCAAGAUUUUAUGCCGAAAGGUACGGAGCAGGAGUCUGUGGUCAGAUUAAAGCGGUUAAUGACCAUUAUGGACAGCAUGAACGACUCAGAACUAGAUAAUAGGGAUGGAGCAAAAUUGUUCAGUAAACAGCCGGGUAGAAUAGUAAGAGUGGCACAAGGAUCUGGGGUAACUGAAAAGGAAGUCAAAGAUUUAAUUACACAGUAUACAAAGUUCGCAGCUGUCGUGAAAAAGAUGGGUGGUAUUAAAGGUUUAUUUAAAGCUGGAGACAUGUCAAAGAAUGUAAAUUCAACACAGAUGGCAAAAUUAAAUCAUCAAAUGGCAAAGAUGAUGGAUCCAAGAGUCUUACAUCAAAUGGGCGGCAUGCCAGGACUGCAAAACAUAAUGAAGCAGCUCCAACAGGGUACAGCUGGUGGGCUCGGAAAUCUAAUGGGAGGUUUUGGUGGAAAAUCGUGAAAAGAAUUUUUAGGCUCAAAAUUUGUUAAAUAUCAUUCAAUAGUAAAGGGAAGAAAAUGAAAACGUACGGAGAAGAGAGAAAGUAUUUUCAAACCUGUACUAUCACCGACAAUGAUUUCAUGAAGAUUUCCAUUUUAUGUUUAUAAAUCUUUUUCAACGCGAAAAAAAUAAAACGUGAUAUUCAGUACCGUA